AUGCCCAAAGCAGAAGCCGGCUCAACAAAAGCCAUCGCAAACGCCAGCAGAAGGAAAGGCCUUGGCCGACUGCGAUGGUACUGCCAAGCCUGCGAAAAACAAUGCCCGGACGAAAACGGCUUCAAAUGCCACGUUCAAAGCGAAUCCCACGUCCGCCAAAUGAUGCUGAUUGGCGAAGACUCGAAGACGCAUAUCGAGAGCUUUAGUCGGGAUUUCUCGAAGAAUUUUAUCGAUACGCUUCGUACGGCGCAUGUGAACCCCGCAGCCUGUGGCCGAGGUCAGGCAAGGCCAGGCAAGGAUAAUGCUAAUGCUUGCUUUGCAGAAAUCAUCCGCGACAAAUCACACAUUCACUUAAACGCAACGAAAUGGAAAUCCCUCACGCAAUACGUCGCAUACCUAGGCAAAGAGGGAAUCUGCAAAGUCGACGACACGGAGAAGGGGCUGCAUAUUGCCUGGAUUGAUAAUUCGCCCGAGACGUUGCGGAAGCGCGAGGCGCUGCUUAAGAAGGAACGGCAGGAUAAGGGUGAUGAGGAGCGGGAGCAGAAGGCUAUUCGGCAGCAGGUUGAGCGGGCGCAGAAGCAGGCCAGGGAGAGGUUGGAGGCGGAGGAGAAGGAGGCGAGGUCUGAGGAGAAGAUGUUGCAGCAUGAUGGGGAGAAGGUUAAGCUUGAUUUUGGAUUUGGGGCCAAGCAGCAGCAACCUGCGGCUAAGGCUGAGGGUGUUGUUGUUGGUGAUACUUCUGCGUACUCGGCGAAUGCUCCAGUUGAAGAUACUGCCACGGCCACGGCCACGGCUACAGCUACAGAUACAGCUACGCCUGCUGUGCCGGCGGAUUCCCCCGCUGAUCCACCCGCCGCGCCGAAGAUCUCAAUGUCCUUUGGGGCGCAGAAGCCGAAGAAUGUGUUUGCGUCUGGUCCGAAGAAAAAUCCGUUGGCCGGGAAGAAGGGGUCUGUUCUGGCGGCACCGAAGAAAAUGUCUGAGCAGGAGAGGAUUAUGAAGGCUGAGAUGGAGGCUAAUGAGCGGAAGCGCUCGAGGCCUGCGCCGGGCUUUAAGCCGGGUUUGAAUAAUAAGAGGCCGAAGAUUUCUUUGUCUUAG